AUGAAAUUUCUGUUGUCACUGUUGGUGAUAGUAGCGUCGGCAGCGGAUAAGCUACUCGUUCUUUACGAGAAUUCGCGGGUGAAAGUAACCCAUCGUGCGACCUUGGCUCCACUAGCAGAUCAAGGAUACGAGCUCGUCUUUAAGCAAGCCGAUGAUGCGAGCCUGGAGUUAACUCGUUAUGGAGUGAACCUUUACAAGGGUCUCAUUGUUCUCGCCCCUUCAGUGGACGAAUUUGGCGGCAAAAUCAACUCAGCUGCAAUUGUCGAGUUUGUUGAUAACGGAGGAAAUGUUUUUAUCGCUGCCGGCAACACUGUGGGAGACGCGAUUCGAGAGACAGCGGCUGAGAUCGGAGUAGAACUCGACGAAGCUGGCACCCAAGUCAUUGAUCACUUGAAUGUCAACGAGAAGGAAGACAGUGGGGAUCACACCGCUUUUUUGGUUGAGGCGAAACAGUUCGUUCCCGCGGAAAUCAUCACUGGACCGGUUUCGGAAGCGUUGACCUUUGAAGGAGUGGGCAUGAAACUCGAUGCAGCAAACAAGCUUGUCUUCCCUAUCGCAUGGGCAGCCCCUACCGCCUAUUCUUGGUAUCCCAAUGAGCCCAUUUCCGAAUAUCCUAUGGUUUUAGGAAAGAACAUCGUUCUCGUCGCCGGGCUUCAAGCUCGAAACAAUGCGCGUGUCGUAAUUGCUGGUUCUCUAAAAAUGUUCCAAAACUCGGAGACGGCGACGAACAUUCUUCUUUGGGCGAUGAAAUGCCGCGGCGUUCUCCGCGAGUCAAAUGUCAAGCACCAUCUUGUCGGAGAAACUAAAUCGCCCGAGUUUUACACGAUCAUGGAAGAUGUUCACUACGAGCUCACUGUUGAGGAACUCGUCGAAGGAAAGUGGGUGCCCUUCCAAGGGACCGACAUGUUCCUUGAUUUCCACCGGCUGGAUCCUUUCGUCCGAAAACGACUUCAGAACAAAAAUGGCGUUAUGUCCGUCGACUUCAAGUUGCCCGAUGUUUACGGAGUUUUCCAGUUUAGAACGAAUUACAAGCGUCUCGGAUACACCGAAAUCGUCAACCACGUCCAGGUAUCUGUCCGACCACUCCGCCACAAUCAAUAUGAGCGUUUCAUCUCCACCGCGUAUCCUUACUACUUCUCGGCCUUUUCGAUGAUGGCCGGCGUGGGACUCAUGUCCUUCGUGGUCCUCUACCACUCCGACGCACAGAAGAAAAAAACAGAAUAA